AUGGGAGACGUAAGCUCAGCCCUCCUCGCAGCCGUCCAAUACGCCCCACAACUCCCACACACAUACAAAGCCAAGGUGGUUGGCGCGCUUAGCAUACCGAUGAUGCUUAUUCAAAGCCCUGGUGCCAUGUUGAUGGUGUUGAGUAUUGCGUUGAGGUAUGGUCUCUUCUCGCUCUCUUCUUUGUGAGGUGGUGAUUGCGUUCUUCCGUUGGGAAUUAUAGACCUGGGACGAAUUGGACCAGUACGUCCCAUCCCCUCCCCAUUAUUCCUCAUCCUUCAAACCAUCUAACCUAUUC